AUGAUAAUGAACUUGGAAGCCAUGAUAAAUAGCGAGAUUAGCUCUGACACCUCAUUGUAUAUGACACAGUCAUUUCGAAAUGCGUCAUAUGAAAAUUCUGUGACUGUGACCUUAAAGGGCCAAAAGAUUGAGCUAAUGAAGAUCUUAACUAUCUAUACAAUCAUUGACUUGUCGAACAACUCUUUCCAAGGGGAUAUCCCAGAAGUUAUUGGACAUCUUCACUCUCUCAUCGGGCUCAACCUUUCUCAUAAUCACUUUGCAAGUUCCAUCCCACUGUCCCUAGGGAACUUGACUAACCUCGGAUGGCUUGAUCUUUCUUCGAACAAGCUUAGUGGGGAAAUUCCGAGAAAUUUGGGAGAUUUGGCAUCCCUUGGGUACUUAAACCUCUCCAAGAAUCAAUUGACCGGUCGAAUUCCUCAAGACAGACACUUGGACACAUUUUCAAAUGACUCGUUUAGUGGGAAUCCAAACUUAUGUGGACUUCCAUUGUCAAAAGCAUGCCCUGGAGAUGUUCGAUCUCCUCCACCGUCGUCCUCCUCAAAUUUCGAUCACUUAGGUGAUGAGAGUUGGUUCACACAAAAGGCUACGUGGAUUGGUUAUGCAUCUGGAAUUGAUGAAUACGAGGGAGAUGAGAAGAUAAGGAACAUGAAGGUGUUGAAUCUCUUGAGGGAGUUUGAGAGACUGCGGAUGAAGGAUUCAGAGUCAAUGAAGAAAUAUUCCGAGACUGAUUGA